AUGUGUGACAUUUUUCAUUUUCCAACUUCUCUAUCUGAGUCAUUGCAGGCAUUGAGAGACAAUCCAAACUUGGUUUAUCAUCCCCAACGAAAAAAAGCACCCAAACCCUCAAUGAAAUCGGAUUUAUCAAAUGGCUCUUCUGAUGUAUCACCGGCCACACCCAUCAGUAAUGGACGUGCCACACCUUCUGCUUUAUCGGCAGUCAAAAAUAACAAAUUAAGUGGUGGUAGUUGCAUUAAUGGUAAUUUGCUGUGUGCACAGGUUCCCUCUCGAACACUAGCGACACCUCCUUCUGGGACGGUCAUAUUGACUCAGGCGGUGAACGCACGGACGCCACAGCAUACGUCUUCGCGUAAUCAAUUAUCACCGCUUGUACAACAGACCAAUAGUAAUGCGAAUCCAUCGGUUACUAUGCAACAAAUGCUAGAUUUGUAUUAUACAUCUCUCUGUGAACCGGCUUUUCCUGAACCAGGCGAAAAAAGUACCUUGGCAUCACCACAACAUUAUUUGGAUCAGUACCAUUUGCUUCAUCAACAGGCAGUAGUGAAGCAACAAUAUGGUAAUCAAUCUUUUUCAACCGCUUAA